CCAUAUCCUUUUUAUUUGCACCGACGUUACUUACACGAUUUUUAGUUUCUUCACUAGUGGUAAAAAUGGUAUUCUCAUUGAAAUUCCUUUCGCACCAGAAACCUUCUCAGGGUACAAAGGGACAAUGCUCCUUAUGCAAUUGAUGGUGUUGCUGAGUGCAGCCAUCAAUAGUGUGUUCUAUGAUUCAAUAAUUGGACUUAUUGGUCUUGAACUAAUGGCUAAUCUCGAUGUAAUUCACGAUUAUAUCCUCAACUAUAGAGACAGAAUUCAGGAUGAUCCUCAAUUCCUCCCCACUGUGUUGAAGAGAUACUGCAAAGUUAUCAAACACAUCAACAUCUUCAAUGAUACCUUCAACAUUGUCAUCUUUUUCCGUCUCUUCAUGAGUCUUUUGCUAAAUUUAACGGGGAUUUUUGUGAUUCGCGAAAAUAUCGAUGAUAUCCCCAUUUAUUUUGCUCAACUUUGUAUUAUUUUUCAAAUUCUCAUUCCUUGUCUUUUUUGCGAAAUUAUCGUGAAUAAAACUGAAAGAAUUUCCGCGGUUCUUUAUCAAACCAACUGGUAUGAUCUUGGUGUGAAGGAUCAAAAGGCCUUCAUCCUUGCCCUGGGGAUGACUCAGAGGAAUUACGGGAUGAAAGCUGCUGGGAUGUACGAUGUCAACAUCUACACAUUCAUUCAGAUUAUAAAACUUGCCAUAUCCUACUGCGCGCUUUUGUACACAUUUACUGCAAAAUAAUCUACUGGAAUUUAUUCAGAUUUCUGAUGAAGAAUAUUCUAAAUUUAAAUAAUUUAACUAUGUUAUUCGACGAAUGCUUAAUAUAUCGAUAAAAUGCCUAAUUUGGAUUCAUUUUAAUUCAUUUUCAUAGCUUAAAGAACUUCUUUUUUUUUUUAUCUAAUUUAACGUUUUAGAAUUUUAACACCUUAGCUUGACUAAAUUACAUAAUUGUUUGUUUUAAACUAGAGUAGAAGAGUGAUGAAAAAAAAACUUUAGUACGGAAUUUAAAUAAAAAAAAAAUCAGGGAAUAAUAAAAGAACAGAAAGAAAUGAGAACAUUUAAAAAUUAAUUUCACGAACAUAGAAUAAUUUUAUGUGCAAAAAUGGAUGAAAAUAGCGCAAUAAAAUACAUUUUAAUACGCACUAAUUUAACACAUUCAUUACAAAAACUAUUGUAUCAAGCAAAUAAAACAUUUUUUCAUCCAAACUUUGUUAUAAUUUUACUCCAGAUGCUUAAUUUUGCUCCAGAUUUGAUUUAGAGGCAAAAUCGUUGCCCA